ACACUUCUUCCUCUCUUAUGCUGACCCAACCCAAGGUAUCACAUUUUUCUUCCUCUGAGCUCCGUAGCUAGAGAUAAAAAAGAGAGAGUUUGCAAGUGCGAUGGGUUUGAUCUUUGGAACUAGCAGUGUUGUGGUUUUGAUCCUCCUUUUUUCUGGAUUCUUUGUUAGCUAUGCUCACGACGAGGAAGCGUGUGGAGAGGUCUCGUCGGCUGCGUUUGCUCCAAAAGGAGAUGUCACGCCCGAUGACAAGAAGUUACUGGCAUUCCCUUUGAAUCUCGAGUACCUGGAGACAGAGUUUUUCGCUUAUGGGGCUCUGGGCUAUGGCUUGGACAAGCUUGAUCCCGGCCUUGCGGAGAAUGGCCCGGCUCCAAAGGGUGCGCAGAAGGCCAAGCUCGACAUUCUGGUUCGUGACAUCAUCGCCCAGUUUGCUCUGCAAGAAGUUGGUCACUUGAAAGCAAUCAAGGGGGUUGUAAAGGAAGAAGGCUUCCCAAGGCCUCUGCUGGAUCUGAGCGUGGAGAACUGGAACACCAUCAUGGAGAAGGCAUUGGGAAUAAAGCUGGAUCCUCCUUUCAGUCCUUACGAGAACAGCUUGAACUACAUGCUAGCGAGCUAUGCCAUUCCUUACGUUGGGCUCACUGGCUACGUUGGUGCGAAUCCUCUCACUCAGAGCUCUGAUGGAAAGAGGCUCCUUGCUGGGCUCCUCGGUGUCGAGUCCGGACAAGACGCAGUUAUUCGGACCUACUUGUACGAGAGAAAGGACACGGUGGUGGAGCCUUACAAGCUUACAGUUCACGAGAUCACCAGCAAGCUCAGCUUGCUUCGAAGCAAUCUGGACGACGCCACCGGCAUCGACGACGAAGGCCUGGUGGUUCCAAAGUGUCUGGGGGCCGAGCAGAAGAUCGAAGGCAACAUUCUCGUGGGCGAUAAGUUCUCGCUGUCCUUCGCUCGGACACCACAACAGGUUCUUGAGAUCGUGUAUGGAACCGGCGAUGCGAGAAAGCCCGGAGGUUUCUAUCCCGAUGGAGCGUCCGGAGCCAUCGCCACCAAGCUCAGGAAAGCUGCCAAUGUCUACUUCUAGAGAUUGAAAGAAAAGUUUGAGUGGAGAGGAGGACUCUGUAUCUUGUCUCUUGCAAUGGACAGUUUCUUUCAGUGCUUUCAAAAGCAA